UUACAAACACCAAGAAGCCUGUCUGAAAUCAGACCAGUAUUAUAUUACAGUUCAGCAGACAGUACAGAAAUAGAAAGACAGACCUUAUAUAGAGAGUUAUCGGUAGCUAUGGGCCCAAGAAAGUUCUCUAGCUAGUGUUGGAAGCUCUUCAAUCAACCGCGUACCCAUGAGCACUGCCAGACAAUGGCAACAGGUGACUGGAAUAUGGGUACUAAGAUAGAAAUGGAACCACUCUCUUGUUGUGAAGACAGUGCUAACAAUGUUGGAACCUCACGAUUAAAUAUCCGCUCACACACUCGAAGUCAGUCAUGGACAAAUCCCCCAGUGGGACAAGCCAAUUUUACCUCAAGUCUAACAUCCAUAUAUUCCGUAUCACCGUUAGCUACGGUGUUUCGAGAAUUUUUUAUGAGAUCUGGGGGUCAAUCUAAUCACACACCCAAUCGUAGAGAGAAUCAUUUGAACAGAACAUUUUCAGAGACCUCUCUGCCACGGCAACAAGUUAUUCACAGUCGGGGGAACACACCACCUCCGCAAGAACACAGAACUUUAGAAGGUGCCAGUAUAAGUGAAGAUCUUCCGGGGCGAACCAACGAAGAAGUGAUUCAAGAUAAUGUGGAGCAGCCUACUAUAGGAGUUGAGAUCAGUGAGGGUGUCCGGUGGAUGGAACGUAAUGCCGUAUUUAUUGUGAUAGUACUCAUCAAGUUCUCGUUUUACCAUCGAGCAGGCUUAUCGUUAAUCCUUGGCAUGAUAGUAACUUUCUGUCAUUGUAACCAAAUAAUCAGAAAACAAGUCUCACUAAAGACUAAAAGGCAACCUUUCAUUCUCAUUUUCACUGCACUCUUUUUGGCUGGCAACAUUUGUGUUGUGUAUUACACCUUCUGGGACAAGCACCUGUAUAACUGUUUGUAUUUCAUACCACCACUAUACACACUGGACUUCAUUAGCCUCCUCUGGUCCAUCUGGGUGACAGAUUUCAUUGUACGGUUUGCAACCAUGGGUCUCAAAGCACUCGUGGCGGCAUUCUUUGUUCGUUUCCUACCCAACAAUAAGAAGAGGAUCAUCUACAUGCUGUUAGAAUACUUCUCACAAUUCUACCGGAACAUUAUCCCUGCUCCUCUCUGGGUCCGCUACCUCUCUGAUAAACAGCCAUCAGGGGUUGUGUUUGCUGUCAUCAUCACUGCCACCUACCUCAUGAUAAAGGGGGUCAUCAUAUUCUUCAGUAUCAGAGACUUGUAUCAAGCCAUCGUCAGUCUGAUUCGGUAUAAGCUGUACGACAGGGUCCGUUGCAGAGACCAGCUGUUGGAGAGUGGGAACAACGUUUGCCCCAUUUGUCAGGAGGACGUCUUCAAACCAGUCUACCUCAAAUGCAAGCAUGUGUUCUGUGAGGACUGUGUGCUGCAAUGGCUGGACAGACAGAACUCUUGUCCGCUGUGUAGGGCAACUGUACCCAACCACAACCCCAAGUGGAGGGAUGGAUCUACCUCUACAUGGCCACAACUGUUCUAAUAAUUAUGUUUCUUGUCUUUUUGUGUGCUUUUUUGUGUGUCUGAUGGAAUGUCUGUCAAAAUUAUUAUGGUUUUGCAACAGA